AAUGGAAGGAAUUGAUUUAUUUCAAUUAACAACUCUCGACGAUUUUAAUUGUUUAAAAGAAAAAUUAUCGGCUAAAUUUGUAAUUAUUCGUGGUGGACGUUCUGUUGGUUUAGUCGAUUCCAAUUUAAUUAAAAAUAUUAAAAAUGCUAGAGGAGCAGGAUUUGAGGAUGUUGAUAUUUAUAUUUUUCCUUGUGUUAAACCAAAAUUAAUUAAAAAUAAAAAUGUUACGUGUGGGAAUGCUAGAGAAACAAUAACUUCAGUUCUUAAUGAAUUAAAUUGUAAUAAUGUAAAAAUUGGCAGAGUUUGGUUGGAUAUUGAAGGCGAACCUGGGGAAAAUAAUAAAAAUCAAACUUAUUAUUGGUAUGAAGACAAGAAAAAGAAUAUUGAAUUUAUUGAUGUAAGGAGGGAUUUUUAA